UUCAAUUGUUCCUGAAGGGGAAGAUACUGAAUGCUGUGGCUGGGGAGUUCAAAACCAAUUUUUACCUCCCUUUAGGGGCAGAAGAAAGGCCUGCCCCCAAAGCGAAGACCUUCCUCAGCGCACCGGCAGACCACUCCAAGCAGAACUGCAGAGAAACGGCUACAUUAAGCGGACAUUUGAGUACAACUGUUGUGGCCUGCGUGGUGAGCAUUUAGGGGCUGAAGAAAAUGCCACUGGCCAGAUCACUGUCCAUGACCUCUCUUAAUGGGCUUCCUCAAUGGGAAGAUGAAGACCUACCAGUGGAGGACUUGUUGCUCUUUGAAGUUUCUUGGGAAGUUACCAACAAAGUGGGAGGAAUUUAUACCGUGAUCCAGACGAAAGCCAAAAUUACAGCAGAUGAAUGGGGUGAAAACUAUUUUCUGAUUGGUCCUUAUUUUGAGCACAAUGUGAAGACUCAGGUGGAAGUAUGUGAGCCUCCAAACCCUGCAAUUAAGAAGGCAAUGGAUACCAUGAAAAGCCAAGGGUGUCAGGUCUUUUUUGGAAGAUGGCUGAUAGAGGGCAGCCCAUAUGUCUUACUGUUUGAUAUAGGAUCAGCAGCCUGGAAUCUGGACAGAUGGAAAGGCGAAUUUUGGGAUGCUACCAACAUAGGGAUUCCUUUUCAUGACCGAGAAGCCAAUGAUGCUGUAAUUUUUGGAUCAGUAACAGCCUGGUUUUUAAAAGAGCUUUCCUGUCAGUUUGAUGACAAGCCCAACAUAGUUGCUCAUUUCCAUGAAUGGCAGGCAGGAGUGGGUUUAAUACUGUCUCGAUCUCAGAAACUUCCAGUUGCCACAAUUUUUACUACCCAUGCCACUCUGCUUGGGAGAUACUUGUGUGCAGCCAAUAUAGACUUCUACAACAAUCUUGACCAGUUUGACAUUGACAAGGAAGCAGGAGAGAGACAGAUUUACCAUCGAUACUGUAUGGAACGGGCAUCCGUACACUGUGCCCAUGUGUUCACCACAGUCUCACAGAUAACAGCAAUUGAAGCAGAACACAUGCUUAAAAGAAAUCCUGAUGUUGUCACUCCAAAUGGCUUGAACAUUAAGAAGUUUUCAGCAAUGCAUGAAUUUCAGAAUUUGCAUUCCAUGUACAAGGCUAGGAUUCAGGAGUUCAUUCGAGGUCAUUUCUAUGGCCACCUUGACUUCAGUCUUGAAAAUACCUUAUUUUUCUUCAUUGCUGGGAGAUAUGAAUUUUCCAACAAAGGAGCUGAUAUGUUUCUAGAAGCCUUAUCAAGACUAAACUUUUUGCUGAGGGUACAUAAGAGUGAUGUUACAGUUGUUGUGUUCUUCAUUAUGCCAGCAAAGACAAACAAUUUCAAUGUGGAAACCCUGAAAGGACAAGCAGUCCGGAAGCAGCUCUGGGACACUGCACAAUCCGUGAAAGAAAAGUUUGGAAAGAAACUCUACAAUGCCUUACUAAAAGGAGAAAUUCCAGACUUGAGCAAGAUUCUUGACCGGGAUGAUAUAACCAUUAUGAAAAGAGCCAUCUUUUCAACUCAGCGACACUGUCUGCCUCCGGUGACCACCCACAACAUGAUUGACGAUGGCAAUGAUCCCAUACUCAAUACCAUCCGACGUAUUGGCCUUUUCAACAACCGAACAGACAGAGUAAAGGUAAUAGUACAUCCAGAGUUUCUUUCUUCGACAAGCCCGUUGCUGCCCUUGGACUAUGAAGAAUUUGUUAGAGGUUGUCACUUGGGUGUAUUUCCAUCAUACUAUGAACCCUGGGGUUACACUCCAGCUGAAUGUACUGUGAUGGGUAUUCCCAGCGUGACCACAAACCUUUCUGGAUUCGGCUGUUUCAUGCAGGAACAUGUUGCUGACCCAGCUGCUUAUGGCAUCUACAUAGUUGACAGGAGGUUCCGCUCACCUGAUGAGUCAUGCAACCAGCUGACUCAGUUCCUGUAUGGAUUUUGUCAGCAGUCCCGUCGCCAGAGGAUCAUCCAAAGAAACCGAACUGAGAGGCUCUCAGAUCUGUUGGACUGGAGAUACCUAGGCAGGUAUUACAUGCAUGCUAGACACUUGGCCCUCAGCAGAACAUUCCCUGAUAAAUUUGAGAUGGAACCAUGUGCUCCACCAAAGACGGAAGGUUUCAGGUUCCCAAGACCUUCAUCAGUGCCACCAUCGCCUUCUGUCUCUCAGCAUUCCAGCCCUCACCAUAGUGAAGCCGAAGAUGAAGAUGAGGAUGAAAGAUACGAUGAGGAUGAGGAAGCUGAAAGGGAUAGGCAAAAUAUCAAGUCUCCAUUUUCACUUGGAGUAUUGCCACAAGGAAAGAAGAAACAGCAUGGAGAGUUCAGGAACUGAAUGUGUUACUCUCCAUCCACGCAGAGUCUCUCCAUGUAUUUAAGAGUAAAGUAGGCAUUGCAAGCUUUGUAUUAAGGACAGUAUGUUAUAUUUUAGGAGAAUCUUAAAUGACACUUGAUCUACACUGUUGGGAAGCCUAAUUUUUCUUCAUCUUGAAAGUAGUUUAAAUGACAAUUCUUCUGUGCUCCUCAGAAGUAGAAGAAUUUUAUCAAGCUUAGUAAACUUAGAGAAUGUAACAGUCUCCUUAAGCUUAUCUAAAGUGUAGAUCACACCUUUGUCUGCAUAAUCAUCUACACUAAUAUUAGUUCAUGCUGAUAGUUCUGCAAUGGUUGUUCCAAAUGAAUUCUUCCUUCAUUUAUGUCCCUCACUCCCUCCUCCCAAACUAACAUAAUCGUUAAGCCAGAGCUCAGAAAAUUUAGAGAAAAAAAGUGUUACACUGGAGAAAUCUUGUCAGAGGUAAAAAACUGAGAAGAAAAUGGUCUUUAUCUUUCCUUAUGCUGUUUACCUUAUUGUAAACUUGCAUCAUUUGAAACCUUUUUUACAGCACAUGGAAGUGUCUUGGACUAAAACACACUGUGGAACAAUAUAAAGUCUUAUGAGGUGGUCAUUUGAAUUAUAGAUACAAAUGAAGUCAUCUUCUUGAAGUCCUUUAGACCCACAAUAAACAGCAGACUGUUUAUUUUCUGA